AUGAGGCUCUUUCUUUCUUUCUUUCUUUCUUUCUUUCCACCCCUGACAUCUACUCAUUUUGAAUAUUCUGCACGUCAACUUCCUUUUUCAUUCAUUGAUUUAUUCUUUUUUCUCCUUCACGUAAUUAUUUAUUUUCUUUUCUUUUCACCGUUCAUUCCUUCAUUCAUUCAAUAUCCCGUUUUCUUCGACGUUUCAACCUUGUCUUUCAUGCCUUCUUCUUCUUCAUUUUCCACUCCUCCACUUGGUCAUUUAUUCUUCUUCAUACUUUCAUUCAAUUCCUUCUUCUUCUUCUUCUUCCACUCUUCAUCGUUCCCUUUCAUUCUUCUUCGCCUCCCCUUUCUCGUAACUAUUCAUUUCCGUUGGUCCCCUGCUCUCUCUUUCUUUUGCUCCGCCUCUCUGCCUUCUAUUCUUCCCUUUCUUCCGCCCCACUGUCCCACUCCCUCACGCCCUUGA